AUGCUUCGACGGUUCUACCAAACGCUUGUGCCGUCGUUUGCUCUGCAGAUUCGCCAGCCUGCGCCGUCGCUGAGGACCAAAUUUCACCAUAAUAUGCAGUUUAGGCGCAAAGCAGAGUCGAGAAUCAAAAUAUUGCGUCAGAUAAUACCUACCGAGUACAUGCUAGACGAUUAUCUCCUAUACUACUGCGUUUACUUCAGAGAGCACGCUCGUCUCAAGACGCGAAUCCAUGGACUAGGUGGCAGCGACGUGCGCAUAGAUCUCGAAAAUAUACAAAUGUUGGGGAGACACAUCUUAAGAAAAAGGACAUACAUGUAUCUAUUUAACGAGGCGCUCAAAGCGGAACAGGCUGCCCCUACAGACGACCUGUUUGACUUCCCAAGAAAUCUGCGCCGCAUGUCCAGCGUGCACAAUCGCACGGAAUUUAUAGAGCAGUUUUUGCGAGCGUUCGAGACUGAGUUCAGGCUGGACAGAUUAUCUGAAGAUCAGGAAGUCGUCAAGCUCGAACAGAAAACGAGACCAACCAUUCUGCUCUAUAUAGUCGGGUUCGUUCACUGCCAGUAUGGAGAGCAAGCAUGCGCAGAGUUCGUCGACGAAUUCGUUAUCAAGGGUCGUCUUUCAAAGACGUACACCCAUCGCGGGCUGCUGGAAAUAGCCAAAGAGGAUAGGCCACGGUUCUCAUACUGA